CACCGGGAGACUGGACACCGGCAAAAGCAUCAGCAUCAAAUCACACUAUCUGCAUGAUGAAGGCUGCAGCUGUGCUGUUCCUCCUCCUAGCACUCUAUUGCUGCUUCUUUGCCUCAGAUGCUCGUCAUUCCUAUGAGCCACAGGUUGACUGCAGUGCUUAUAUGAAGCUUUCCGACAGGACCAAAUCUAAAGGAUGCACCCUGGAGUACUUCCCAGUAUGUGGUUCCAAUGGCCAAACGUACACCAACAAAUGUCUCUUUUGCAGAGCAGCCAUAGCAAGUCAAGGGAAGAUCCAUUUUAAGCAUUAUGGGAAAUGCUGAGUCACUGCCACACACGGCCUAUGGAGGCGUGAUCCGUUCAUCUCUGGCAGCUCUGUCUUGCUCUUUUCAUCUCAUCCUGCCGCAUCCUAAUCCACUCAAGCUUUUGUUCUUUUCAAGUUUCUCCUGAUCUGUUGAUUUAAAAUAAAGACUUCCCAGACUUA